AAAAGAAAGAAAGAAAGAAAAAAAAAGACAGUAAUCACAAAGGCCUGGAAGAAGCAACAUGACUUUCCGACCACGGCGCUCAGCCGCCCAGAGGGCUACGGCAGCAAUAACUAACAUUGCCGACAGAGACGCUUCAACAUCAUCGCGGUCGCGGGGACGUAACAGGGAAGAGUCCAUGGAUCGACCAUCAUCAUCCGCUUCGGCGGACUCUCACCAUGUGCCAGUCACCGUCAAGGUUCCCGGCUCUAAGCUCCGGCAGGCCACCAACGAUACGGGCUCUUCACGGUCUCAGGCUGCCAGGACCAGCGGCCGGGAUUCAAAUGACCGUGGUAAGCGGGCUUCAAGAGGGGGCAAGAAGCGGUAUGUCGAGUCAGAGGAGAGUGACGAGGAAGAGGAAGAUGUGAUUCGGGUUGGAGAUCAGGAUGCCGAUGGCGAGGACGACGACAUGGAUGUUGACGCCGAGGGAGAAGAGGAUGAUGAUAUGGAUGUCGAUGCAGAGGGAGAGGAGGAUGAAGACGCCGAUGGAGAUAUUGAUAUGGACGCAUCAGUGCCUGCUAUCAAAGCUCGCAAGGCAACACAAUCGAAACCGACGCCAAAACAGGCAAGGAAACCGCCGGCCCCGAAGAGGUCCGCAGCAGCCGAAGAGGAUGAUGAUGAAGAUGACGACGACGAGCUCAGUGAGCUGGACAGCGACGCUGGAGAUAUGGACCAGACAGUAAUGACGACGGGUGGAGAUGACCUUGGCGAUGAGGACGCUGAGGGUGAGGAGGAUAUUGAUGCUGAGGGCGAAGAGAUUGAGGUCGCUGGGGAAGAAGAGGAAGAAGAUGACGAGGAUGACGAAGACGAUGAGACCGGAAGCAGGGAGGAGACACCUGAUUUAACAAAGAUGACCAAGCGCCAGCAGGCGAGGUUCAAGGAUGAGGCGGCAGAAUACAUGGAGCUCUCGAACGAGGUGCAAGCCAAGAGGACAUUCACGGCGGAGGAGCUGAGCAUGAGGCGUGCGGAGAUGGCCCGCCGACGACGCAAUCUUAGCGAGAAGCGUAACGAGGAAGUCAAGAUGGAGACUAUCAACAAGCUUCUCAAGAAGCAGGUGCGGAAGGAGAACAAAAAGGCCGGGGCGGGGGCCAACGAUGACGACACGCCUGGCAACGAGGGCGGUGGUUCAGUAGCGUCAGCCAACCCCAUGUUUGUGCGCUGGGUCAGCAACAAGAACGGCAGCCAAGUCUCUGUGCCGAAAGAGAUACUCGAGGGACCACUAGAGGCACAAGCCUCGCCCUACGCCCGGCUCCCGCAGAGCCUCGAAAACGCGACCAUGGACGGACGCGACAGAUCAAGAAGAUACGAAGAUGGCGAAGUGACGCGCUAUGGAGCGGGAGAAUCCUAUCGGCCAUUCAACCGCGACCGCUCCCCACGCCGGCCGGCCAGGAGUCCCUUGAUGCGCGGCGACCGCGACAGGCCGCCCAGGAGCCCGCCUGCCGAUAGCUACGUGCCGCCGCCGCGCCGCCACCAGCGUUCCCGCAGCCCCGACCGGUUCCGCGGCGGCGGCGGAGGUGGCGGCGGUGGUGGUCUCGGCCACGGACACGGGGACCCAAAGCCCAGCCAGGCAGAUUGCUGGAGGAGACGGGACGAUAGCCGCGGAAGGGCCAGGAGUCCGCUGCCCAGGCGGAGCCCGCCGCCGCCGAGGAGGAGCCCCAUCAGGAGGAGCCCGCUGCCUAGGUAUGGUGGUAGUCCAAGGAGGAUGGAUGGCCGCGCGAGGAGUCCGCCGAGGAGGGACUAUGAUGGGCCGAGGCGAAGAUCCCGUUCCCCCAUGGACCGCAUGCGCCGUUCUCGAUCCCCAGUUCGCCGCAGCCCAAUCCCACCACCACCACGCUCUUACCGCCCACCACGGUCACGCAGCCCUCCGCGAGGCGACGAUCGCUACAUAGGACCAGCCUCUCGCAACAACCGCUCCCCACCACAUCCUUUCAACUUGGGCAACAACGCGAGAGAUUCGAACCUGUCUUCCCGCUCCGCCUCGGGUCGAUCCUCGCCGCAUCCCAAUACAGUCCGCCGAGGGGAUAGGUCCAUCCCACAGAGCCCUCUUUCACGCUCGCCGGCAUUCGUAUCUAGCGCCAACGCCAUUCCUGUCGUUCAGAUGCGGGAUCGUGAACGUGCGGCAGAGAAACCCCCGCCGCCACCACCGGUUAUCUCUGAAUCCUCCUCUGCCAACGCCGCCCCUGCCGCCACUCCUGCAGCAGCUGCUGCUGCUGCUGCCCCUGCACCCGCAGCCUCCCAGCCUGAACGCUCACAGUCGACGGCCACCACACAGGCAUCAACACCAACACAAGCCCCAGUACCAGCACAAGCACCGGCUCCGCCUGUGCCCGCGCCAAAGUCCCCUCCUCGAGGCCCAGCAGCUCUUCGCGGCGCACCGCCGACAGGACCGAGGGAAAACAGGAAGCCUUCGCUGGCAACAUCGACCCCGGCCCGCCAGUCCGCCUCGCCGGCCGUCACUUCCAACGCGAACCGCAUCGACGCUCCUUCACCCACAGCCCCGCCCUCGGGACCCCGUGGCGCCCGCGGAGGACCGUAUUCUGGCCGCGGCCGAGGCGGCGGCUGGGGCACCUCCAUGCCUGCCCGCCAAUCCUCAAACCCGGCAUCACUCGGCAGCGGAGGAUCAGCAGGCGGAUCCGGUACCACUGGAGGUGCAGGAGGAUCAUCAGCUCCGACGGGCGCCAACAGCAUCCCCACAGGUCCUCGCUCGGCGUCGACAACCGCCACCACCUCACCCGCCCUAGCCAGCCGACCCUUUAACCCACCGACCGGCCCUUCCUUCCAGCAACAGCAAACCCAACCCCCGACCGCCCCACAGCAACAACAACAACAACAACAACAACCUCCGCAGCAGCAGCAACAACAACAACAAACCCCCGCCCCGCCUCCACCUCAACGCACGCUCGCGCAGCAGAUCAUGAGCACCAUGCCGCUCAUAAUCCCGCACAACAGCAAGCUGGACCCGCAGUCGGCGUGCCUGGUCAGCGGCGUUGUCAAGGAGCUGGAGCCGCACCAUCGCCGGCUCCGCGAGGACGAGGAGCGUCUGCGCGACGAGCUCAAGGCCAAGGAGGAGCGUCUGCGCAAGAGCCUGCGCGUCUACGAGCGGCUUGAGCGCGAGGCCCAGACCCACGCCCUCCGGUCCGAGCUUACACAAAAGAGCCUGGACGAGCUGGGUGGGGGAAGGGCUGGCGGUCUUGCGUUUUAG